GAGUCGAUCGGUGAUGCCGAAAAUGCGCGGGAAGUUCUAAGUAUUCACGUGUUUUGUGGCGCGCAAAUUGAAUUCGGGAAGCUACUAUCAAUUAGUCGACGUUAAGAUUAAGAGAAUGGCUCGUACUAAAGCCGAUAGUUGUUCUAGGAAAGCAGUUGCAGCAAAGGCUCCAAGGAAGGUGAUGAGUUCUGGUGCAUCUACUUCAAAAGUAAAAUCAAACAAAUCAUCUGGACGUUCUCCCGGAAAUCGUUAUUGUCCGAGACCCACUCCUCCUUGGCAGAAAGAAAUUAGUAGAUUUUUAGUGAAGUCUCCAAGAGAUUCAGAUGAACAGGAUAAUUCGGAGAUUUCAAGCAGUUCCUCAGCAACAGAGUGUUUUAGUGAACCUAAUGAUCUCAAUGAAUCUGGUCCAAGCAAAAGUUAUCAAGUAAUAUCUGAGGAAAGCGAUUAAGAUUUUUUGUUUUUAACCGAUAUUUUAAUUAAUGUACAUAAUAAAUUUUUGUUUAGAUUUGAAUUCUGUAUAAUUGAAGUUCUUUUGAACUACAGUAUAUAAUUUCAUUUUCAUAAUAGAUCAUCUGUACAUUCUUAAUCAGUUAAGCAACAACAUAUAUCUCAAACUUAGACAAUGAAACCAAAUAAAAGCAAUAUGAUACAGAUAAAUUUAUUAAGAAAAUUAGUUUUGUAUAAA